AAUAUCCGCCCCGCCAGUCUUUUUUUCUGCAAGGCCAGCAGCAACGCCGAGGAUUCCCUACUACCCUCGCAGCCCUUUUUUCCCUUUCCACGUCCAGCGAAGCGAAUUUGCAGAUUGGGCGGCUUUUCUGGUCCAGGGGCCCGGAUUUUGACAUCUACAAUGGCGUCCGACGAGAUUAUUUGGCAAAUCAUCAACCAGCAGUUCUGCGCCUUCAAACUAAAAACGGACAAGGGCCAAAACUUCUGCCGCAACGAGUACAACGUCACGGGCUUCUGCAACCGCCAGUCAUGUCCCCUCGCCAACUCGCGGUACGCGACGGUGCGGCAGCACCCGACCAAGGACACGCUGUACCUGUACAUGAAGACGGUCGAGCGCGCGCACCUGCCGUCCAAGAUGUGGGAGCGCAUCAAGCUCGACGGCAACUACAACAAGGCGCUGGAGCAGAUUGACGAGCGGCUCAUCUACUGGCCCAAGUUCCUCAUCCACAAGUGCAAGCAGCGCCUCACGCGGCUCAAGCAGGUGCAGAUCCGCACUCGCAGGAUCGCCGGCGAGGAGGAGCGCCUGGGCGAGAAGCUGGUGCCCAAGCUGGCGCCCAAGGUCAAGCAUCGCGAGAAGGCCCGCGAGCGCAAGGCCGAGGCGGCCGCCAAGCUGGAGCGCACCAUUGAGCGCGAGCUGGUGGAGCGCCUGCGGCAGGGCGCCUACGGCGACCAGCCCCUCAACGUCAGCGAGACCAUCUGGAAGAAGGUGCUCAACGCCAUGGAGCGCGAGGGCCAGGGCGAGCGCGACGUCGACCUGGACGAGGGCAUCGACGAGGACGAGGACGAGGAUGCGGAGCGCGAGAGCGAGGACGGCGCCGUCGAGUACGUGUCCGACAUUGGCGAGAGCGACGAGGAGCUCGACGAGCUCGAGGACUGGCUCGAGAGCGACGACGAAGACAAAGAAGAGGAGGAGGAGGAGCUGGACAGCGAGGAGGAGGCCGAGGCCGGCAAGAAGCGCAAGCGCGGCAAGGUGACCAAGAUGAACGCCAAGCGGGCCAAGCAGGUCGAGGAGGCCCGGCCGAAGCUGAAGCUGACCCACGACAUGGAGUGGUAACCGGGCUCCGGGGGGGAGCAACCGUCGAAAAGGAGUGGAGAAGGUCGAGUCGUGCUGCUUGCUGGGCAAAGGGGGCAAGCGGGCAGGCAGGCUUUUGUCGCGGCAGUCUUUGUUUCACAGCAUGUACCCCAAGGCGCGGGCAUCUUCAUCGCAUCUGGGCUUGUUAGGCGUUGCGGACACCCAUUCAACGCAAUUGCAUGACGGAGCUCGCUUUGACGUAGAGGCAGGGCCCAUGGUGACGGUCUAUUCAUUGUACACGACGCAGCGUGCCAAAUCGUGCCGUCAAUGCAAGGCACCUCUAAUAAGCAUGGCGACUUUGGAUCAUAGCCGCCGCCCAGCCCCGUUUCAGAAC